AUGCGAAUUGGCCAUGAGCAACCGUUACAUCGCACUCGACAUGCCAUCCCAAAGCCGGAGAAAGAUCAUCUGCUUGUCAAGAUCCAAGCUGCUGGAGUCUGCCAUAGCGACUGCUUCAUCCGAGACAUGAAGGAGCCUACGCUGGACUGGCCUGCUGAGUUCGUUCUCGGGCACGAAGGAGCUGGAGAAGUCGUCGAGCUUGGCCCGGGGAUCGAUCAGUCCCAGUUCAAAGUUGGCGACCGUGUGGCCAUGCACAUCAUUCCCGGAUGCAACAACUGUACAACUUGCAGACUUGGUCAUCGCAGGUUGUGCAAGGUCAAAGGCAACGGGGGAUACGGGCUUGGUAGAGAUGGCAUGUUUGCGGAGUACGUUUCUGUCCAAGCCUACGGUUGCGUCAAGGUUCCGGAUAAUGUGUCGAUCGAGGCCGCGGCUAUCGCAUCGGACGCAGUCCUGACUGCUUACCACGCUGUGAAACACACAGCAGACGUCAAACCGGACCAGACAAUUGCAAUUUUCGGCCUUGGAGGUCUAGGACUCAAUGGAUUGCAGAUUGCACAGUACCUCGGCGUGAAGCGGAUAUUGGUGGCCGACAAGAAGCAAGAAGCUGUUGAUCUGGCCGUGAAACUCGGCGUGGCCCCCGAGGAUGCAUUCUGUACCUCUAAUAGCGAAGCCAAGCCCAUCCACGAGGUUGUCGCGGAGAAAGGGAUACUGGUCGAUACUGUGUUGGACUUCGUCGGCCACGAACAAACGAUCCUCAGCGCCCAACUAACGGUGCGCGAAGUCGGACUCAUAGUCUUGGUGGGAUUGAUCAGCCAGCAAGGUCCACUCUUACCCCUGGUGAUGACAAUGAGAAGCAUAACCUUCAAGGGUUCAUACAAUGGAGAAGUCAACGCACUGAAAGAGUGCCUGGAUUUACUGUCGCGGGGUGUCAUCAAGCCUGAGAUCGAAAAGACUUCCAUUGAGAAUUUGCAACAGGUCAUGGAUGACCUCGAUGCUGGCAAGUAUCAGGGGCGCAUGGUGCUCACGCCUGACUGGAAGGAACUCAGUUAG